AUGGAGCAUCCACAAGGCCCGAGGAAGCCUCUGUCACAGAGGAGAACCAGGUCUCUGGACAGGGCGCAGAACCCCAAGAAGAACUCAGAGUCAUGGGACUGCCGGUGCCUUUCCUUGCCCACCACCCCCUCCAGGCGGGUGCUCCCGCGGAGGGCCAGCGAUGGGAGCAGACCUCUUGAGAGCUCAGAACAGUCUUCGGAGGUUCAGGGCACCAUGGGCUCAGCCCUCAGCCUGGAGAAGACCAGGGAGUGUCUCCCCAGUGAGCAGAGGCCUCCACAGGACACCAAAAAGGACAAGGCCCAGAGGUGGGCCCAGCCAGGGUGGCUGAAGGUAUUACUAAACUUCCUGAGGAUAGGCACCGAGGAGACCAAAGAAAAGGCUGGCAAGAGGGCAAAGGGGAGGGAGGGCCUCCUCCAGCCCACAGAAACCUCUGAGGCACCAAGGGAGCCAGCUCCCAGGAAGAAAGCCCAUGACAAGAGGGCCAGCCGCAAGAAACAUAGUCACAAGAAACAUGCUGAUGAGGAAACAAAAGAGGACCAAGAUCAGGAAGCUGAAGGCCAGGAGGCGACACUGCCCGACAUGGCUGCUGCCUCACAUUCUGAAGAGACUGAUCUAAGCCCAGCACACAGGGGAGGGGAGGAUUCUGAACUUCACCAGUCCGAGGAUAAAGGCCGGAGGCGGCGUGCUGGUGUCUUCGAGCCUUCUUUCCAAGCCCCAGGUCACUCGCAGGAAGAGGAGCUCAAAAAGCUUGAUGAGGAUAUUAUCAUCCGGAUGAUAGUGCAACUUCUCCAAAAAGUGGGAGACCAGUGGGAAGAAGAGCAACUCCAAGCCUCUCAGCCAGAGGCAUCUCCACAAAACCCAGCACCAGCUGUCAGGAAGAAAUCCCAGGAGAAAAAGUCUAACCUCAAGAGAGUCUUUUCACUUAAGAAACAUGGCUCUGAGGAGUCCAAGAGGAUGGAGGCUGCAGAUGUUUCCAGCCCGGAGUCCCGGCCGUCAAGGAAGAUCAGCUUUCUGCCCCUGUGUGUUGGGGGCCAUCGGCCCUCCAUCUCCAGCAGUCCUGGCUUGGAAGAACCUGAAGUCCAAGAGUCCUUGUCUACAGAUAGUGGGGGUCCAAGUUCCUCGGAGCUUUCCACCCAAGCAGGAAGCCAGAGACUAGAAGAGGACUUGCAUCUGGACAGAGCCUCGGAAUCCAAAGAAUUUAUCCAGAAGAUCAUUGCCCUACUCCAAGAUGUAGAGGAGCAGGAAGGAGAGAAGCAACUUCAAGUCCAGGAGCCAGUGAUGGCUGUGGAAAACCAAGCCCCACCCUGCAGGAAGAAAUCCCAAGAGAAAAAAUCCAGCUUCAGAAAACCCUUUUCUCAUAAAAAACAUGGUUCCAAGGAGCCCAAGAGAGCGGGAGCUGCAGAUGCCUCCAGCCCAGAGUCCCGGCCACGCAAGAGGCCCAGCUAUCUGCCCCUGUGUGUUGGGGGCCAUCGGUCCUCCAUCUCCAGCAGCCUUGAUCUGGAGGGUCUCGAGUUCCCGGAGUCCUUGUCUACAGAAGGGGGACCGGUUGGAUCCUCAGAAGCACCCUCCCAGGCCCGAAGCCACAAUAAGCCAGAAGAGAGACCUCUGCAGGAUGGAGCGUGUGAAUCUAAGGAGCUGAUCAUCCAGAAGCUGGUGGCCCUUCUCCAAGAAAUGGAUAGCCAUUUGGGGGAGCAGAUCAGGCGACGCCCCAGCUUCGAGAGAUUUUUUUACCAGCUCCCAGACUCCUCUCUCAUAAAGCUGGCGGCCACCCUGAGCAGACAGGGGGCCAGCUCCACUGAGCCUGACCAGAACCUCGCUGAGAGACGCUACCAGUUUGCCUUUGGCUUGGCUAACAAAUUUGCUGGGAACAACCACCAUGCUGUCCUCAGGUUCAUGGGUCUGCGCUACAGACAACACAGUUACCCCCAAUUCUCGUACAGGGAAGCCCAGCAGAACAUCACAAGUCCUGAGAGCCAAAGUCCAGAUUGA